AUGGUACCGUCGGAUAAUUUCGUGCACGAAGCCUGCGUGGCGAGCUCGGUUUCUGAUCGCCUGCGAUCGUUAUUGCUCGGUGAAAAUGACGACGCGGGUGCGUUGGUCGCCGGCGACGUACCCGUGGAAUUCAGAGUGUACCCCGUCGGCGGGUCGAUGGACUGGCAUAAAGACGUCGCGUUGUACACGAAACCGCAGUAUGAAAUAGUAUUCACGGUGACAAACACGAGUGAUAGUACGACGGAGUGGGAAGAUGAGAGAACUGGAAUGCGUUACGGCGGCUGGACCGAGCCAAACUCGGUCAUCAUCGUUCGCGCGGAUGGCGCUCCGCACAGAGUGACGGGCGUGACGAGAGGUGAGCGUUCGAUCAUCAAGUUCGUGCUCACGCAAACGCUGGAGAAGACGGAUGAUUUCUUUGAUAACCUUCUCAUCUACACGUAG